GGCAACCAUAGCAACAAUAACUGUUUGUUUAUACAUGUGAUUACGUUCAAACUUUUGCGGUUAAAUUAAUCAAUUUGUCGAUUUUUUUUAACCAUAUGAACCGGUUGUUGGAAUAAGUAAACAAUUAAUAAAACAAAUUAUUUUAAUUGUCGGGUAUAUACGCGUGUGCAUUGUUUUUCGUCUGUCAUUUUAGUUUGCGAGUGAAAAGUGUUUGCAUUGUCGACUUUACAGUUGAGGUAGAUCAUUAUUUCAAAGGAAAAUCAAUAGUUUUCGCUAUUUUCCUACGCGCAUGACACCCAUAACCUCAUUUUGCAAAUUUUCGCAAUUUGUGCAGUGUGCCAUGGUAAUUUUCAUUGGUGCGGGAGCAAACAGUUGACUGUGGUAGACAAUGCUUUUGACAGUUGUAUAAACAAUUUGUUUUGUGUGUGUUGUAAUAGUUUUAAGUGUUUUUGUUUGAAUAAUAUUCAAAAUGAAGUUGAUGCCAGUUAAUUAUCUUGGUUUUACUGCCAUGGAUAAGAGGUUUUCCAGCCCUAUGUUGCCCUGGAUUGUGUCUGAGAUAAGAAAAAGGGAUUACUGUGAAAAGUUGAGUCUAGGCAUUGAGGAUGGAAUUUUGCAGGCUUAUAAUCAAGACUUCGAACUCCAAUUUUCGCACAAAAUUUCCCAACUUUCCCGAUUUUCCCAGGCUGAUAUGGACGCCUGUACCUUUCUGUACCUGCUCAAAGAAGACAGGGAAAAUCUUUAUUACUGCUACUUGUACCAAGCCAAGAAACCUUUAGAUGUGACAGAUUUGUAUAAACAAAUGAAGGAUCAAAAUCACACCGCGCCUUCUAGAUCACUAAGCAGUGCUGCCAACUUGACUUCCCUAUGUGUUGACAUAUCACCUAGUUCUAGUAACUUCUUUGAAGUUUUGUACAUCGGUAAAAUAAAAGUGUGGCAGAAAAAAGUGCCGGAUACUUUUAUAGACGAUGCCCUGGAAAAAUUUAAAGUCCAUGAGAUGGAAAAAACGCAAAACAAACUGAGACAUAUAGAAAAAAUAAAAAAUGAGAACGGACACAGACGAGCAUCAACGGAUUCCACAACCAGUGAAAACAGUUCAAUGGAGGGCGUGAGUUUGUGUCCCCAAAGGAUAACUCCCCCCGUGUUGAGGGCAAAAUCAAUGGACCAAAUAAAAGUAUCGGAAAAUAAUUCGAACAUAACCGAAACAAUAGAAGAACAACAAGGCGAAACAAUUGAAGAGCCCGGCGACAAAAUGUACGUGAAAGAACUAAAAACGCCAGAAUUCGAGGACCAUAACAGAACGAUGGUCUUACAAGUGGACAGGACCGACUUAAGGCUCAUAAGCCCCGAUAGAAAAGUAAUUUUGUUGCACAAACAACACAGAGAUGUCGCUACGUGCGCGCAGGGUCAGUUACAAUCAGAACACUUUGGGUUCAUUUGCCGUGAAGGAACAGCAACACAAACUUUCACGGGGUAUAUUUUUAAAUGCGAAUCUCAAUCCAUAGCUAAUGAUGCCGUUCAAGCCAUCACCCAGGCCUUUUUGAACGCUGAAACUAAACCACGUCUAAAUCUGACGUCAUGCGAUCAUUGUCCAAUGGUGUGGUUUCAUAAACUAUGCACUGAAAUCGAACAUUUGUCUGAUAGAAAAACGCAAGCUGCAAUUUUCAGGAGAUUAGAACAAUUAGAUGAGGAGGAACAAACCACAAUUCUGACGAAAUUCAGAGGAGCCGAAACUGAUUCUCUAAGGGAGCAAAAUGAGUUUUUGAUGAUGCUACUUAGAGCUCAUUGUGAGAGCAAACAAGGAAGGCAUAUACACGAUACCAUGGAAAAUAGAUCCGAAUUUUUGAACCAAUAUUUGGGAGGCUCAACAAUUUUCACAAAGGCCAAAAGAUCUUUAACAAACUCCUUUGAAAUGUUGAAAAGAAAGGCCUCAAAAGACGAUUUCGGACCAGCCUUGAAAGAACUUAAUUUGACCAUCAACAAAAACUUCAAUAAGGAAACAUCGCCCAUGGAUACAUCCGACAGAGAUUCAGAAGGAAUGAGGUCUAGAUCCUCAACAAUAGGUUCUGAAAGUGACCUCAACAGUCCCCAUUUAAACGUAAACAAAGACAACCAAAAGGGUUCAAUAUCCCCGGAUAGAAAUGCUUCUGCGCAAGACAAACAGUUGAAAAGUCCCAUGAUGGAUAUAUUCUUUAAAGUCGGAAACACUCCGAAAUCUCCGAAUUCCGAAGAUGGAACCCCGAAUAAACACGACGCAGGUUCGUGGAGACAGGCAAUUUUCAAAAGAGUCGUAACCCCAAACAAAAAAGAGUUGGCCGAAGAACCGCGUAAAAAAAGAACUGCUGAGGAGUUAAGACACCUAUGGAAACAAUCUAUAAAACAAGUGAUUCUACUAGGAAGGAUGGAAAAAGAAAAUGCCAGAUUAAGAGCCCAACAGGAAGAAUCUGCGGUAAAAAGAAUAAAACUUGAGUACGAUGAGUUGAAGCCCAAUCAAAGAGAGGUUAUGGAAGUGUGGGACAUGAUGACCAAUAAGGAGUCGAGGAUAAAAUGCGACAGUCAGAUGUUACUGCAGGCCAUAAGACAAGGAGUUCCAAGAGGUAAAAGAGGGGAAGUUUGGCAGUUUUUGGCUGAACAAAAGUGCGCUAAAAUGCCGCCAAUAGAUCUAACAAAAUAUCCCAACUAUAAUGUUUCAUAUGAAACACUUUUGAAGCAACUUACCUCCCAUCAACAUGCCAUUUUAAUCGAUCUAGGACGCACUUUUCCUAACCAUUCUUACUACAGUAGCCCAUUGGGACCAGGGCAGUUGGCCCUAUUCAACCUACUCAAGGCAUAUUCACUUCUAGACCCAGAAGUAGGGUAUUGUCAGGGGUUAAGUUUCGUGGCCGGAGUCCUUUUACUCCAUAUGGAAGAGUCGCAAGCGUUCUUCCUUUUGAGACACUUGAUGUUUAGAAGGGGUCUUCGUAAGCAAUAUCUGCCGGAUAUGAUACAACUGCAGAUCAAAUUGUAUCAACUUUCGAGAUUGCUGCACGACAUUUUGCCCGAUUUGUACAGCCAUUUCGAUUUUUACGAUGUGGCGCCCACGCUGUAUGCCGCUCCAUGGUUGCUGACCGUUUUCGCUUCACAGUUUCCACUCGGUUUUGUCACCAGAGUUUUUGAUCUAUUGUUCCUCGAAAACCCCGACGUAAUCUUCAGGGUAGCGCUGGCCCUUCUAACCUACCACAAGCAAAAGCUGCUCCAGUGCGACAGCUUCGAGGGCAUCAUGAACUACCUCAAAACGCAGCUGCCGCUGAUAGACAAACCGACCCUCGACAAAACGAUGAAGCAGGUCUACACGACCGACAUAAGAAAGCAACUGGAAGAGUACAAGGUGGAGUACCAAGUCUUGCAGGAGGAGAGGUGCUCCGUGCAGCCGCAUGUUGAAGCGUUGCACAAGCUGGAGGGGCAGAACAGAAUUCUGAGGGAUCAGAACAAAGUUUUGCUGAGCAAACUAGAGAUGGCGUUGGGUAACGUACAGAGGUUGGAGAAGCAGCGGGUCAUACAGCAGAGCGCUAUCAACAGGUUGGAGAUGCAGAAUAGGGGUUUGGACGUCACUAUAGCGACUCUGGGGAAUUUUAUUAACGGGUUGGUGGAGGAUAGGGUGUACGUGGAUAUACCAAGCGAUGUGAGGCGGAUUUUAACGCAGAUUUCGUUCAGCGAGCGCAGGAAGGCCGAGAAAACCAACAACAACCUGCUAAAAAUGUUCCAAGGAGACAAACAGAUGGUGAAAUCGCUAUCGGCGGGAAAAAUCACCCUCCCGAACAUUCCGGGGGAAGCCAUGACGAGGUCCAACAGCCUCACCAACAAAGGCGUACCCAUACCGGAAGACGACCUCGCCAAACAGACGAAAACGUCGCCGAAAGUGUCGCAAUUUUUUUCCGACUCGCACAACAGCAUCCUGCAGCAGAAACUGCACGUCAAGAGCGGCUCGAAAAUCGACAUCACCGUUGAGGAUUUCGAGAAGGAGAACAACAAGAAGAAUUUACCGCUUAAAAACGAGAGCGUGGACUCGGGGAUCGGCACGCCUGUGAGCCCGCGGUCCGGGGAUUCCCACCCGCUGAUAAACAGCGACGUCAGUUUUACCUACGGCGGAACCAGGGAGUUAAAAAACAUAAAAACUCUGAGGAACGUGGCCAGGAGUACAAGUCACGAUUUGCUAGGGAAAUAGUUUUUUUUUUGGUGAUUUUUUGUAUUCAAAAUGUCGCUUCAUAGUGUGAUAUUAUUUUUAGUUCAAUAAACGUCAUAUUUUAUUUUAUCGGUUUUCUAGGCGUCGUUUUACUUUUUAACCAAUCACAUGACUGUUUUUAUGGUUUUUUGUUUGUCUACGUAAUUAUUGUAAAAAGUAUUGAAUAUGUAGUAUUUUACUUCCAUUGUGAGUAUAGCUUAAAUUUUAUAUAAUUUUUGCGAUUUUGCGAAAUUAAUAAAAGUAUAUUCAUUUUUAUAAAA